AUGUCUCAGUUCAACACAAUUCAAUCCGAACACAUCCAAUCCCACAAUGAAGGCAGCGGUGUUUCUACUUUUGGUCCUCGCUCUCCUGGCUGGCAUGGUCCUCUCUCUGAAUAAGUCUGAUCCCGCCUUCAUCAAGGGUGAACAAGAUCGCAAGAAAUGGUGCCGCCUUAAUCUUGGCCCUGCUUGGGGCGGAAGGACUUGUUGAUAGCCCAUUAUUUUUGAAAAAUAAAUGUGUGCAAUUGGUGCUGCCAAUUGGCGGAUUCAGGAUCGCCCUAGUCCGUCAUUGAUGCUAGCCAACUUUGAAAGCAGAUA